AUGAUUCAUAGGGUACUAGUGGCCGGCAACUCAAGCAAAUCGCUUCCGACGGAUCUUCUCGUUGAUCAGACCAGUAUCUUACUUAUAGCCGGCCAGGAUACGACUACGAACACGAUGGCAUUUGCACUGAUCGAACUUGCGCGGAAUCCUGCCGUGCAGGCCAGUCUCCGAGCUGAGCUCCUCAACGCGGGCGCUGAGAUCGAAGAUGGCUUUGACUCGCUGCCGCUAUUGAACGCGGUGAUCAAGGAAACUCUCCGCCUGUACCCUGCCGAGCCCGUAUCCGAGAAGAUGGCGCUUGUGGACCUGACCAUACCACUCGGCAAACCAACCACACUGAAGGAUGGGAGAGUCGUCACAGAGCUCUUUGUUCGCAAAGGGCAGUACAUCGGCUGCGAGUUUGGUGCUUACCACCGGAGCACUGAUCGCUGGGGACCCAAACCCGAGGAGUUCGAUCCGUACCGGUGGAUGAAUGAUCAGGUUGGCCCGGCGGGAGAAACGAUGGCAUCAAGUCCUUAUUCUAAUCUGUACUCUUGCUCUCCCGUCCCCCCGAGUCGACAUUGA